AUACAGAAGCGGCCGUUGUAAUAACGCGAGCAUCUCAUUUCACCAGACUGUUUGGCCUGGUGACAUCCGUCGCUCAUUCACCUCAAUCAGCGUCAAGGAGUCGGAGAAAUUUGGGGAGAAAUGUAUCUGAUCCCACAGGAAUAGCUUUGCUCAAAAGUGGCGAAUUCGGUGCGGUUGAGGAUGAUGAAAAUCGCAAUCUAUGCUACAAAUUAUAUAAAAGGGAAACGCAAACAAGACGCUUUCCUAGGGAAUUGUUGAUGAAG